CAUAAUUAUCUCUUUUGAUCUCUUUAUCUCUAGCCAGGAUCUAGGACACAUGGAUCUAGGACAUGGAUGACCUGAAAAAGCUAUCUGCUGCGGUUGGACUACCUCCAUCGCUGGAGCUGCGCACAGUUGACGGGAUGGGUCGAGGCGUGUUUACUAAAGAGUCUAUAUCUGCUGGGGACACUAUAUUCAGUGCACUACCUAUAGCACAUUGCAGUGUGGAGGAGACUAGAGGCACUAUCUGUGAGCACUGUUUCAACAGAUCAGAGUCACUCAAGAAGUGCAGCCGAUGCAAGUUUGUUUAUUAUUGCAACUCUGACUGCCAGCGUUUGGAUUGGCCGCUACACAAGACAGAGUGUAAGGGUGUGAAAGGUGAGAAGGCUACACCGUUUGUAAGACUAGCUCUCCGAGCACUGACAAGGGACAUUCAACACCUCUGCUCACUUCCUGUUGACUGGUUCACUGGCAGAGACAGAAUGAUUGAACAGCAUUUGAUAGCUCACACUGCUCAGCUCUGUGACUAUCCUCCGCAUGUCAUCAAUCAGCUCUUCCGGAGGUUGUUCUGUAAUCAAUUCUCCAUCACGGGUGUGAACAACAUAUCUCCAGCUGGCGUGGCCUUUUACUCUGCCCCCUCCCUGCUCAACCAUUCCUGUCGUCCCAACACUCUUCCGUUGUAUUAUGGACGACAACUAGUCCUCAAGGCUGUCAGGGAUAUAGGUCCUGAUGAGCAACUGUUCAUUACCUACACUGAUACACUGCAAUUGUUGAGUGAGCGACAAACUGAGCUACAGAGUAUAUACAACUUCACCUGUGCCUGUGAGAGAUGCUUAGAGGACAUCAGCAAAUCCCCCAGAUGCUCUGACCGAUUGCUCUUAAUGGGUGCCAAUGGAAGGGAAAUCUCCUCCUCGUUAAGACAGGAUAUGGAGAAAGAGCUGACAGAGUUGAAGGGGUUGAAUGAACAUGGAGAGUGGCAGGAGAUGUAUGACAAAGGCAGAGCUCUGUACACGAGCCAUUCAACACAACUAUCCCAUGAUAAUAUUCUGAGUAUGUGUCUUAUGGACCAUCUGAUCGAUGCCAGUAAUCACUUGUGUCUCUGGGAGGAGGCACUCAAGUACAGCAUCCAAGUAUUGGAACCAUCUCUCCGUCACUAUGGGCUCCUUCAUCCUUCGAGUGUAUCCCGGCUACUGAUAAUUGGCGAGUUGAGACUAUGUUUAGAAACUACUGACCAACUGAUCCUAUCACUAAACGACCUCACGAAGGCUAAGACAGCAGCUGAGAGACUGUAUGGAGCUGACCACUGCAUCACUAUGGCAGCAACCACCAUGCUGACCGAAUCUCAACUUAAACUAGCACGCAGACAACAAUAAAUUUAUUUCAUUGUUAUUGAUUUUGCUGUAGACUUUCUAUGAUAUAAUAACAAUUAUUAAAGUG